AUGGCGACAUACGCAGUAUUAGGAAGCACUGGCAAUUGCGGCACGGCCCUCAUCCAGAAUUUGCUCCAGUCGCCCCAGAAGCCUAUCAUCCAUGCCUACUGUCGCAACGAGGCCAAGCUGCGGCGACUGGUGCCAGAAAUAGCCGACAAUAAGCGCGUGCGUGUUUUCGCGGGGAGCAUCUACGACGACGAGCUCAUCACAGACUGCGUAAAAGACGCUAAGGCGGUCUUCCUGACCGUGACGACCAAUGACAACGUGCCCGGGUGUCGCGUCGGGCUGGACUCGGCCACGGCCGUGGUCAAGGCACUACAGCGGCUCAAGGCGUCGCCAUCGGCGGCGGGCACGAAGCUGCCGCGUCUGGUGCUGCUCAGCUCGGCCACCAUCGACGACCACCUGGCGCGCGACAUGCCAGGCUGGUUCCGGCCCAUCAUGCUUGCCGCGGCGUCGCACGUAUACGAAGAUCUGCGACUCACCGAAGCCAUGCUGCGGUCCCACGACGACUGGCUGUCCACCGUGUUCAUCAAACCGGCCGGCUUGUCGCCCGACGUCUCGCGCGGCCACAGGCUAACUCUUGACGAGGAGGAGAGCUUUAUCAGCUAUUUGGACCUGGCUGCGGGAAUGAUCGAAGCGGCCGGUGACGAAGAGGGCCGGUACGACGGGAGGAAUGUGGGCGUCGUGAACAAGACUCGAGGGGUGGGUGCCAAGUUCCCUAAGGGUACGCCGCAAUGUAUUUUGAUGGGGUUGUUGCGCCACUUUUUCCCGUGGCUUCACCCGUAUUUGCCUUCGACGGGGCCCGCGUGA